AUGUCCAUGUUCAGAUCUGCAGCAGAUAUUUCAUCAUCCGAUCCGGAGUCUGACUCGGAUGAGGGCGAGUCCAGUGGUCAUCAAACCCCGAAUCCCAACAACGAGGGGACCACUGGCCCUCGAAACACCAGCAAGGGCAAGGCAUCUGCGAACCUAUCAAGCAGCCUUGAUUCAGGCAGCGAAGUAGACUCCUCAAUAUCACGAGAUGAUUUCUCCGCCUUGUCACAGGAUGCCCUGGGCUCGAAUGUGCAGCGCCAUGCGAACUUCAUGACAGCCGCUCUGCUUGAGUUCUACUGCCAAAGUCGAGCGGCAGACAUUCUCAAUGCGCAGAAGGGCUCUGGCAAAAGGUUCACUCGACAUUGUCCAGAGGCACAAUAUUUGGGCAAGAAGCUUUACAAAUACAAAUCCCAAUUUCUCGCAUCACAUGGGGUUUUAGCAGAUGGCGUUGACAAAGAAGAAUUGGAGGGAACAAGACAGACAUAUCGUGACAAUUUGGAUUUGCUGGGUCUCUCUGCGCUGGAUGACUUAAACUUGAACGAAACUCGACCGCCAACACCGAUUGAAGGCAGCGAAGAACUUGCUCUGGUGUCGCAAAAUUUCUGGGCCCAGCAAGGGGUCAAGGUGACCGAUAGCAAUGCUCAUUUCUGGAAAGUGCCAGGUGAUGAUGCGCCGUUUCGUAAGGAAGCACCUCCAACCAGCAAUUUCAACGUUCUUGAAGGUAUUCCCAUCAGUGCGCCCAGCCUGCCUGCCCCAUCGAGACCAUUGUUUGGAAGCUCGCCCGUGAGCAUGCCUUUGUUCAAUGGACCCGCCAUGCCGCCAUACAACCACACGUCACGCUAUUCAGUCGAGUUCACCGAACUCAAGAUUCUUGGUCGUGGAUCUUUUGGGGAGGUGUACCAUGUCACCAAUCAUAUUGACGGACAAGAUUAUGCGGUCAAAAAGAUUCCUCUUAGCCAGAGGCGCCUCGAUCAACUGCAGUAUGGCGGUCAGAACCAGUUGGAAACCAUUAUGAAAGAGAUCCGGACACUGGCUCGACUUGAGCACACAAAUAUUGUUCGGUAUUACGGUGCCUGGGUCGAACAGGCGCAUGUCUCGCGUCGUAGCCCCUUCGAGCAACAAGCACACACUAGAUACGAACCGCCGCAUAUUGAUAUCCCAAGUCAGGGUGCCACAAAUGAGCCCAGCUUGGGGAUUGUGUUCGAGCAUUCCGAGAGCUCGGCAGUGGAGUCGCAUGCUAGUAGCUCUUUACCCGAUGAACAUGGAUUCUCUACCCGUAUUUCGCGCUGGGACAGCCAUGCCACGUCAUCUUCCCGUCGUUCAAAGAAGAGCUCGGGGACAGGAAAUGAGGAUGACGAUGAUAUUGAGUCCAUCCCUCGAGACUUUGACAAUCCAACCUAUGGCCAGACCUCCACAUUUGGAGAGACGGACGACAUCUUCACCGAUGGCUUGAGCCAGGAUCAGUCGAGAUUCCAGGUUCAACGACAAAAUCGGGCUGGUCAACCAGCGCCAGCUGUCAUCCUCCACAUCCAGAUGUCUCUUCACCCCAUCUCUCUCAGCUCCUAUCUAAAUUCACAAUCAGCCGAUAAAGCCAACACCGGCGAUGGCUCUCCGUCUCGCCGUCAUUGUUUUCAUUUGAUGCCCUCAUUGAGACUGAUGCUGGACAUUAUCUCGGGUGUUGAGUAUCUACAUUCUAAGGGCAUCGUCCACCGGGACUUGAAGCCGGCGAACAUUUUCCUGUGUGCACCUGAGAGUACCACCCUGGAUAUCUGCGUUUCCUGCAACCAUGAUCCUACUUCACCGACCCAUUUCUGUCGUCCGCGCAUUGGGGACUUCGGCCUGGUCGCGGAUAUCUCACACUUGAAUGAGCUUUCCGCAGAGAGCGGCGCCAUUACGCCCUAUCGCGAAGGUCCCAAGAUACAGCGGGUUGUAGGGACUGAGUUCUACCGACCUCCUGCCGGCUCAGGCACGUCAGAUUCUUCCUGUUAUUUUGAUGAGUACAAGAUUGAUGAGAAACUUGAUGUGUAUGCUUUGGGCGUGAUAUUGUUUGAGCUUCUCUAUCGCUUUAACACCAAAAUGGAACGGCAGAUGGUGUUGAAUGAUUUGACCGGACGAGCGACUACUUUCCCAAGUGACUUUGCGGUCAAGAUCGACCGUUGUGAGACGCAACUUCCGACGGGCCUCACUGUCGCGGAGACCAUCAUGAAUUGCAUCAGAGGGAUGUUGGAUCCCCAGUCACGGCGACGAUGGGGGCUACGAGAAGUCAAAGAGCACCUGCGCCCGAUCUACAAGUGUAUCAAACACCUGUAA